AUGAAGCAAUCCAUCUGGAGUCAGUGGUUACAGCAAAGGGAGAAAACCCAGAAAGUGAAAGAGUUCAGUCAGUUGAGACUCCAUUUUGAGUCGAGAGAACAGAGCAGGAGGAGGACACUGAAGGCUGAGGCAGGACUGACUUCAGAUCAGAAGAUGAGUGGUUUGGAGGAAGAGGAGGACGGAGCAGAGUCUGUAGUAUCUGGCUUUCUGUCUAUGAAGAGUGAUCAGUCCAAAGAUUAUCCUCCAGGCUUCAGUAAUGAACCUGGACCCUCAGACACAAAAUUUCAGGACAACAGACAGAGAGCAGAGUCUGUAGUAUCUGGCUGUCUGUCUAUGAAGAGUGACCGGUCCAUAACACCUCCUCCAUUCUUCAGUAAUGAACCUGGACCCUCAGACACAAAAAAGAGGAAGAGGAGUGAUGUUUCCGAGGAGGAGCACCCGUCCAGAUCCAGAACCAGAGCUGGACUGAAGACAGCCAAUCAGAGCAGCUCUGAACAAAUGAAUGUUGGUCGUCAGAAACAUAAGAUCAGGCUGAAGGGGACAUUUGAACGUGUGACUGAAGGAGCUGUAACAGGAAGUAGAACACUCCUCAACAGGAUCUACACUGUCCUCUACAUCAUAGAGGGACAGAGUGAAGAGGUUAAUACCCAACAUGAGGUGAGGCAGCUUGAGACAGCUUCCAAGAAGAAGACCCUCCAUGACUCUCCAAUCAAGUGCUGUGACAUCUUUAAAGCCUUACCUGGCCAACAGAAACACAUCAGAGUUGUUCUGACGAGCGGCGUCGCUGGCGUUGGAAAAACCUUCUCAGUGCAGAAGUUCUGUCUGGACUGGGCCGAGGGUUUGGAGAACCAAGAUAUCAGUCUGGUGAUUCCUCUUUCCUUCAGGGAGCUGAACUUGAUCAAAGAUGAGCAGUACAGUCUUCUGGAGCUGCUCCGUGUUUUCCAUCCAACAUUACAGGAGGUCCCAGCAGAGCAGCUCGCUGGCUCUAAAGUUCUCUUCAUCUUUGACGGCCUGGAUGAAAGCAGACUUUCACUGGAUUUCAACAACAAGGAGGCUGUUUCUGAUGUCACACAGAAGUCAUCAGUCAAUGGGCUGUUGACAAACCUCAUCCAGGGGAAGCUGCUUCCCUCGGCUCUCGUCUGGAUAACUUCCCGACCUGCAGCAGCCAAUCAGAUCCCUCCUGCGUGUGUUGACAGGGUAACAGAAGUACAAGGCUUUGCUGACUCCCAGAAGGAGGAGUACUUCAGGAGGAGAGUCAGUGAUGAAGAGCUGUCCAGCAGAAUCAUCUCCCACAUCAAGACCUCCAGGAGCCUCCACAUCAUGUGUCUGAUCCCAGUCUUCUGCUGGAUCACUGCUACAGUUCUGGACCACAUGUUGACUACAGACCAGAGAGGAGAGCUGCCCAAGACCCUGACUGACAUGUACUCACACUUCCUGCUGGUUCAGACAAAGAGGAAGAAGCUCAAGUAUGCUGAGGGACAUGAGACGAGUCCACAGGAGCUGACGGAGGCUGACGGGGAAGUUCUUCUGAAGCUGGGGAGGCUGGCGUUUGAACAGCUGGAGAAAGGAAACAUCAUGUUCUACCAAGAAGACCUGGAGCGCUGUGGUCUGGAUGUCACAGAGGCCUCGCUGUACUCAGGAGUUUGUUCAGAGAUCUUCAAAAGAGAGAGUGUGAUCUUCCAGAAAACAGUCUACUGCUUCGUUCAUCUGAGCGUUCAGGAAUUUCUGGCUGCAGUCUACCUGUUCCACUGUUACACCAACAGGAACACACAGGUACUGGAGGACUUCCUGGGAAAUAGAGAUGAUGAUGAUGAUGAUGAUUGGUACAAUGAUCAUUACUCAUCCCUGGAUGUCUUCCUGAAGAGAGCCAUGGAGAAAUCCCUUGAAAGUGAAAAUGGCCACCUGGACCUGUUUGUCCGCUUCCUUCAUGGCCUCUCUCUGGAGUCGAACCAGAGACUCUUAGGAGGCCUGCUGGGUCAGACAGACAACAGUCCACAAAUCAUCCAGAGAGCCAUCGACAACCUGAAGAAGAUGAACAGUGAUGAUAUCUCUCCUGACAGAAGCAUCAACAUCUUCCACUGUCUGACGGAGAUGAACGACCACUCAGUCCAUCAGGAGAUCCAAGAGUUCCUGAAGUCAGAGACCAGAUCAGAGUUCCUCUCUAAGAUCCACUGCUCAGCUCUGGCCUACAUGCUGCAGAUGUCAGAGGAGGUUCUGGAUGAGUUGGACCUGAUGAAGUACAACACAACAGAGGAGGGACGACGGAGACUGAUUCCAGCUGUGAGGAACUGCAAAAAGGCUCGGAUUAUUAACUGUGCACUCUCUGAGACUGACUGUGAAGUCGUGGCCUCAGCUCUGAAAUUCAACCCCUCCCAUCUGAGAGAGCUGGACCUGAGUUGCAACGACCUGAAGGAUUCUGAAAUGGGGUGUCUGUGGGCUGGACUGCAGAGUCCAAACUGUAGACUGGAGACUCUGAGGUCAGUUCAUGUAUUGUGCUCACAUACAGUGUAUAACUCACUAGGGCUGUUGGAACAAAUUCUGAAAGUCAAAUAUAAUUUGAAUAGUAAAACUAUCAAUUCUAUUUUAAUGCUGAAAUUACUAUUUGAAUGUGAUUCUUUAUAA